CAGAAAAAACUGAAAUUGCUUCAAGAACUGGUUCACAAGCUACUGUCAAUAUCACUUUUUAGAGGUCCUGUAGUAUAUUUGCACUUUCUAAACCUUCCUGAAUAGAAGAUGAACACAAACUUCACUGUUGGGUAGUUGAAAAGAUAGAUAUUCAAUCAAUUAGUAACUUGAAUCCAAUGGCGUCCAAUGCCAAAGAAUGCCCUGUACUUUCCUACGUCAAGAGUGAUGAGAGUUUUGAGCAGAAUCUGCCCCUAGAGCCUGCUGUUGAAAUCAAAGUUGAGUCUGAAGUAUUGAACAUGGAUGCUCCCACUCCAGUCAUCCAAGUCCCUGAAAUCUACAUCAAGCAGGAGCCUGAAAAUGAGAAUUUGGAUGUAACUGUGAAGGAGGAAUCAUUUCUAUAUGGUUCGCAGGGCGGUGCAAGUCAACAUCUCAGUGCUGCUCCUGCAGACCUGCUAUCUCAUGUACCUUCAUUUUGUUGGCCAGGCAAGAUGGAACUUAAAGCUGAGAUGGAUGCUGAUGAGUCAGCACUGGCAUCAGCAGCUGGUGAUGCAGGAUCUAAGCAGUGGGGCUGCAGAGGCUCAGUCCCUGAACUUCCUGAGCCUCGUGAGAGGCGAGUAUUCAAAACAAAAUUGGAAAAGCCAGAAAUUAUUAAUGCCUGGUUGAAAAAGCAUAGAAAAAAUAUUAUAAGCAGGAAUUAUUUAAGAAAAAGGGAUUUUGAUGAUUAUGAUAAAGUAUUACUUUAUUUAAUAAGAAAUAAGGAUGCUAUACUAUCACGGCAAAAAGCUCCCUUGAGAGAUGCAAUUAAGUUUGGUUAUUUUUUACAACUUAUGUACAAAAACCGAUUUCAACAAAACCUUGGUGAAAUACCAAGAUUUUCCUAUGAAACCAUUCUUUCUGAGCAUAUUGGUAUUAGCAAAAGUUUAGCUCAAAACUUGCAAUGGCUUGGCAAACUUGGAUAUCAAUAUCCCAAACUAGGAAAAGUAUCACUGUAUCUUUAUCAAAUGUUCAGGAGAAGACCAGCGAUAGCCAAUCUGUUCAGAAAAUUUCCCCAUUUAGCUAAUAAGUGGAAAUGAAGCUUGCUUUCUGUGGAACAUUAUUAGUUGAGUGAAAAUAAAGCUUCACAGUAAACUAUGAAAUGUAAAACAAAUUCAUCAGUCAGGUAGGUAUAGCAUUGUAACUAGUAGAUAAGAUUUGUUAAUAUAAGGAUUCUUAAUUUUGAUAAUAAGGACACAUAGUAGUAGACAUAGUUUUUAUAGUGGAAUGACACAUUCUAAAAUGGGGCUCACACAUCCUGGGUGAAACAUCAACCAGGUUGUGUGGUCAAGGGAAGAGUGAUGCAUUUGUGCUGAGUGGGAAAUGUGGUAAAGUUUUUAAAUGUUUUCUAAUGCUUUUGAUAUGAACUUUUUCAGUGAGGAUGGAAUAAAUUUCUAAUUUUGUAUAAAAAUGUGAUGUUCAUUUAAUCCUGCAUGUCAAGGUAUUGUUUGAGGUAAUUUGAAACUAAUAUUUGCAGCGUAACUGGGAUAACAUGAACCAGAUUUAUUAAAGUUACAUGAACAGACAUUCGAACUUAUCUUUAGUAGGUAGGCUUAUUCAAAGAUGCUCGGUGGAAGAUCUACUAUUGAAAUUGUGAUUAUUGAGUGUAGAAAUGAUGUAACUAUUUACUUGCUUUUUUUACUAAGCUUCCAUCCAGUUAAUACAAUGAUGAUUGUUUAAAUUUAUUAUUACAACUGCGACUCAGAUUUGCUCAUUAUCCAAGAAUAUUGCAUCAAUGUUAUUUAUACAUAACUCAUCACUUUUUCUUGGUGAUAUUCGUUUUGCAUGGAAGGUAUGGUAGGGGUAGGUUGUUGUAAAAGAGGUAGGCUAUGCUAUGUUAGUAAUUUUUAUCAAUGAUUAUAGAUGUCAGAAACCAACCAACCCCCUCCUCUCUGUAGCGCUUAGAAUGAAUGGGCAUCUAGCGUCAGGCUAGGGUGGAUGUUGCCUGAUAUGGAGUUUUAAUUUGAGGCUACAAUAUGUUGAUGUUACAAUAUGUUACAAUAUGUUAAUGUCGUUAUUCAAACUGAGCGAUCACAUCAAUG